GUCAAAAGAAGAGGGCCUAACAAUUCAAAGCAACCAAAGUAAAAAGCUUACAACAAAAUUUCCACCUCUGGGAAUGGCAGAAGACAGAGAAAUGGCGCCGGAAUCACUCUUGGAAGCAUCUCAUACACCAAACUCUCUUCAAUGGCAGCAACACCGCCAUGAAAAUGGAGUUGAAGUUGACGAAGCAGAAGAAGAACAUGUAGACGAAGGCCUUCAACUUCAACCUGAUGAUGAUAAUGGUCCUACUCAUCAUCCUUAUGCUCCUCCCGACGAGAUUUUUGACAUCACAACGACCAUUGAUCCUAGAUAUAUAAUUUCCUUGAUACGCAAGCUUUUGCCUGUUGAUGAAAGACAAGGUGAUGACCUUCAAGGACUUGCUGAAUGGAGUAGUUCCAAUCAAAGACCAGAUAAUGAUCAAAGGGCAAAUGGUGCAUCCUCUCCAAAGAUAGAUAGUGGGACUGAUGAUAAUGACACCGAGCCUCGUGAAAAGACAGCUAGAGAAAAGGCUUGGGAAGAAAGUGGUUGUGUUUUGUGGGACCUCGCUGCUAGUAAGGAACAUGCAGAGUUUAUGGUUCAGAACUUUGUGCUGGAAGUCCUUUUGGCCAAUCUUGUGACUUCUGACUCUGUCCGUAUUACUGAGAUUGACCUUGGAAUUAUAGGCAACCUUGCCUGCCAUGAAGCACUUAUGGACCAGAUAACCUCCAAUAAUAAAUUGUUGGAGACAAUUGUAGACCAAGUGUUCUCAGAUGAUGCUCCUUGCCUGUGUGAAGUCUGUCGGUUGCUAACUUUGGGUCUUCAAGGUUGCCAACGUGUUGUGUGGGCCAGAGCACUGCAAUCGGACCACAUCUUGAGCCGUAUCCUUUGGAUUGUGGAGAAUACCUUAAAUCCAGUCCUCAUUGAGAAGAGUGUUGGGUUAUUUCUAGCAAUUAUGGAAAAUCAAGAAGAAGUGGCACCUAUUCUUCUUCCAACUCUCAUGAACUUGGGGCUGCCAGACCUUUUAGUGAAUCUCCUGUCUUUUGAAAUGGGCAAAUUAACAAGUGACAGAAUACCUGAAAGGUAUCCUGCACUUGAUUCAAUUCUUCGCGCAGUUGAAGUUCUUUCCGUCACUGAUGAUUAUUCAGAACGGAUAUGUUCAAAUAAGGAAGUUGUUCAGAUGGCUAUAGAGCUGAUCAAAAUCCCUGAAAAGACUGAGAUCUCCAGCUCCUGUGUAACUUCAGCAGUUUUGCUAGCGAACAUAUUAACUGAUGCUCCUGAUCUGGCUUUCAAAUUGUCAGAAGAUUUCCUUUUGUUGCAGUCUCUCCUCGAUUUAUUUCCUUUUACUUCAGAUGAUUUUGAGGCAAGAAAUGCAUUAUGGAGUGUUGUGGCCAGACUUCUGGCUCGCGUUCAAGAAGCAGAGAUGAGACCUUCAAGGUUAAAUCAAUUUGUAUUGAUGUUUGUGGACAAAUCAGAUAUGAUAGAAGAUACCCUCCUUGAGAGCAAGCAGGAUGAAUCCUCAAAUUGUGAUGCUCAUACUAUAUCAGAAGCAAAGUUUGACUCUAGAACUGUGGCUAUUAAAUGCAUUGUUAAAAUUUUGGUUCACUGGAAUCGGGUGAAGGAUGAGGAAUCUGUAGCAUACGAUGACGCGGACAACUUAGAGAAAAGUUGUCCCGAUGAAAGAGAUGUUCAGAAACUACUAGACUGUUGUCUCAAGCAUGCAAGUUAGGAUAUGGUUAUACUAAUCUUCUGGAAAUUUGUGGCUUUUUGCAAUUGCUUAAUUGAGGAACUCAUCUUCAGCUUCAACUUUUCAUCAAGAGAUUGCAAACCUCAAGAAUAGUUUAGUCAGGGUAAGGUAAACAUUGUCUGAAAAUUUUGCUAGGAUUAGGAGCAUGUAUACUAGGAAAAAAACUUAAAUUUUCUAGCAAAGCUUUCCAGCAAUUGAAGAGUUGUUUAAGCUUCAAUGUGUGGCGUGGAACAUUACAAAAGAGAAACAAUGUAAAAUGAUAGUGGCUAGGAUUUAAAAGGAACAGAGCAAUGUAAAGUACAAUGACUUUCACAAAUCUAAAUGUUUUAGCUUCCUUUUCA